AUGUCGCUGUUGAGCGGAAGGGGGAUAUGGGGCUGGAGGGGGAGGUGGUUUCGCUCACUCCUGCCGAGGACGGCGGUACUCGACGUCCAUUAUUUCCCGGAUGAUCGGUCUCUGGCCAUAUUGCUCGCUGGUGGCGAUAUAGCAACACUUCAGCUGGAGGGUGCUGAUGGAGGCGUUGGUCCGGUAGAAGUGGUUGGGAGCGUUGAUAGCGGUGUUAAAGCUGCGUGCUGGUCUCCUGAUGAUGAGCAGCUGGUAUUGGUGACCGGGGAGGACAACCUUGUCUGUAUGACUCGGAACUUUGACCUGGUCCAUGAGGAACCGCUCAGACAAGAAGACUUCGGCGAAGACAAAUUCAUUAAUGUCGGCUGGGGAUCCAAAUCCACCCAAUUCCAUGGCUCCCUCGGUAAAGCCGCUGCCCGCCAACCCGUCGCCUCCUCUUCUUCCUCCUCCGCGAUCUCUCAAUCCCACCCUACCGACGAUGCCCUACCCGUCAUCACCUUCCGGGGCGACUGCGCCUACUUUGCCAUCUCCUCUCUUGACCCCUACUCACUUUCCGCUCCCACAGCUCGGCGCCAAAUCCGGAUAUACUCGCGCGACGCCUCGGCGGGUUUCACACCCAAACUGUCCUCAACCACCGAAGAGAUGCCCGGUCUGGAAGGUGCGAUCUCUUGGAGACCUAGUGGGAAUCUGCUGUCGGGGCUGGUGAGGUACGGCUAUGAAGGAGGAGGAGCGGGCAAAGAGGGAAAAUGGGACGUGGCGAUGAUUGAGCGGAAUGGGCUCCGGCAUGGUGGCUUUGAGUUGAGGGAGGGGAGGGAGACGUGGAGGGAUGGGAAAGUAAGAGGGAUGAAGUGGAAUGUCGAUUCCGAGGUGUUGGCAGUCUGGGUAGAGAGGCCAGAGGGGGAUGUCGUACAACUGUGGACGAUGAAGAAUUACCAUUAUUAUCUUAAGCAGGAGAUAUAUUCGAAUGAGGCGGGGGAGGAGCGGUUCAACGGGAUGGUGUGGCACCCGGAGGAUGCGUUCACGAUCUACAUCAUUGGACAAGCUUCCAUACAAGCCAGGACGUAUGUCUGGGACACCUACUGUAGCCGUCAAGCCAUGCCUCAGGACAGCGCAACUGUGGCCGUCAUCGACGGGUCUCGGCUCCUCCUUACUCCCUUUCGCACCCAAAACACUCCACCGCCGAUGUCAUCAUAUCAAAUCUCCCUCUCCCGCCAGCCGACCAACGUCGCAUUCUCGCACAACUCCGACUCGCUUGCCGUACUGCUUCACGAUGGCUCCGUACAGGUCUGGGACCUCAAUACACGUCUCCCCGGCCCAAAAGGGUCGAGACUGCGAGGCGGAGGUAAAGUGUCAGAGCCAGCUUUGCGUUGGGAAGGGCGCAUAGAGGCCGAAUGUGGCGUAGUCAAGCAAGUCUGUAUGGACGAUGAGGGACGGGUGGCCGUGCUGGCGAGCGCGAAGGAAGGGUCGGGAGGGAUGAUCAUUCGCUUAGAAGAGGGGAAGGAGGUGGGGAAGUUUGAGAUGGAUGAGGAGGCCGAGAGGGUGGUUUGGGACGCUACGAUCAAGUGGGCGGUCCUGGACCGGCAGGGAUCACUAUUGCAAUUGCCCAACCUCGAGCCCGUCGCGACCCUCUGUCCUCAACCUCAGACCCUUGCCGUAUCUCACGAGUCGUCCCUCAUCUUCGCCCUGUCACCACUCGGCAAGCUUCUCGCAGCCUCCACCUCCACCCCGACCGAGACCCUGGCCGUCUCAUCCGGAGUCACCUCCUUCGUCCUCUCCCCCGACUUCCUCAUCUACACCACCUCGGCCCAUCAUUCACACUACGCCCCUCUGCCCGUCCUCCAGCGUAUGGCAGCAGGCGACGACGUAGCGGCGUUCAAGAUGGACUGGGAGACGCGCCGGGUCGAGCGGGGGAGUAUCCUGGUUAGUGCGUGUCCGAGCGAGAUGAGCCUGGUGAUGCAAAUGCCAAGGGGAAAUCUGGAGACUGUUUAUCCGAGGGCGCUGGUCUUGGCUGUGGUGAGAAGAGAAGUGCUCAGCGGGAAUUAUCGGAGCGCAUUCACGAUAUGCCGCAAACACCGCUUGGACCUGAAUAUCCUGCACGACUUGGAUCCGGAGGGGUUCAUGGCGCGCCUCGCAGACUUUGUGAAGCAGGUCCCCGAGGUAGACUACCUGAACCUUUUCAUCUCGGCUAUGAGCUUCCCCGAGGACAAGGUCAACCGAAUCUGCGAUGCCCUCCGAUUACAACUCGAAAGCGGCGAUAUUGUCAAAUACGUCGAUACGAUCUUAACUGCGCAUGUGUGCAAGCAGCCCGCGGACUACGAGUCGGGCUUAAGACUAUUGCUGCAGCUCCAGGCCGACCAUCCAGCCGUCGUCGAGGAUGCCAUCAAGUACAUUAUCUUCCUUUCGAACGUGGAUGAGCUAUACGACGUGGCGUUGGGGAUGUACGACUUCCAGCUUGUGCUUAUGAUCGCUCAAUACUCGCAGAAGGACCCCAAAGAGUACCUACCCUUCCUUCGGGAGCUCCGUGCUCUCGACAAAUACGAACAGCGUUUCCGGAUAGACGACCAGCUCGAACGUCGCGGGAGCGCACUCCGUAAUCUAUCCGAAGCGGGUCCGAGCAGGUGGAAUGACGCCAGUAGCUAUAUGGCGCGGUAUGAGCUGUUUGAGGAUGGGUUUAGGUUGUAUGCGGACGAUGAGGAGAAGUUGCCGGUCGUACAUGAUCUGUACGGAGACUAUCUCUACGAUCGGAGGGAGUUUACCGAGUCGGCGUUGUCCUACUCGUUGGCAAAUCAACCGAAGAAGGCUUUGAAGGCGUAUGAGAAGGCUCAUGCUUGGAGAGAGCUCUUUGCUUUGGCUCUGGAGCAGCAGAUCCCGGAGGAGGCGCUGAAGGAGAUGUGCGAGCGAGUUUCAGAUCACCUGGCUUCUCGCGGACGACCCAUCGAGGCAUCUCGAAUACUGGUGGAGUACGGCCAAGACGUCGAUGGGGCUGUAGACACUCUGUGCCGAGGAGGAGAGUUUUCGGAGGCACUUCGCUUGAUAUCACUGCACAAACGCUCAGACCUCAUCGAAUCGCUCGUACAUCCCGGCCUGGACGAGGCGCAGGAUACCCUCACUGAGAUCUUUGACGAGAUGGACGGGCAGCUGGAUAAGGAGGUCAAGCGGCUGAACGAGCUGCGGAGGAUACGUCUGGAAGAUCCAGACACCUUCUUCCUCGUUGAUAAUGAGCCGGACUUGGAGGGUGUUGAUGUGGCGACAAACGCUACGACUGCGGUCACCAACUUUACGCGGUAUACUGUGGCGCCUACGGUCUUCUCGCAGACGACCAAGAUGACUGGUCAAACCAACAAGACCAAGCACAAGCCAUCCCGAAAACGCGCUGCCGGCCGGAAAGGCACAGUCGACGAAUAUGACUACCUCCUCAUGUCCAUCGGCCGCCUCAUCGCGCGGGUCGACGAGAAGAGCAAUGACUCCCUUCCUUUGCUCCCGGACCAUCGUGAAUCGGCAAGAAUGCUUCAGGGGCUCAUCCUGGCUUUUAGGAAGAAGCUGGGGGAUGCAUUAACGGAUGCGUGGAAGGAUAGGGAGGCGAUUCUGGACGAAGCGGCGGAGUCGGGCGGGCUGAUAUUUGGGGGUGAUGCGGGCAAGUUUGCGGAGGUGAGGGCGGCGGUGAGGCCGGAGAUGAAGGUUUGGAAGGGGUUGGGCGUGCUUGCGAGAUCAUAG